CCUAUCAGCACCUUAUACACGGAGUACAAGCAGUGAAAAUACCAAUGAGUAUAAUUUUGAUCUAGGAGAUUAUCAACAAUGGCAAACAACACCAACAGCUCUAAUUCAAGACCGCCGAGCUAUCAAGCCCCCCCGGAUUAUGAACACGCUGUGGGGACGGAGUCGGAGCCUCCACCAUACCACAACUGGCAAGAAGCUGUGCCUGAUACGACGACUUUCCCUCCACCACCGAUUACAGGCUUUCUGUUCUCUAACAGCGGCAAUGCUAGCACCGGCGACGCCGACCUUGCCCAUGAAUUCUGUGACAAGACCCCGUUAUACAGGCCUGUUCGGCCAUCGGCUCCCGUCUAUGAUUGCGUACAAAGACACGAUCUCCGUCCCGUGCCACCAGCGCAAUUUCAUGGGACCAUCUCCGUCUCCAAACGGCGGUGGACCGGAUCGACAAGAGAUGGAAGCGGUGACUGCAUGAUAUCAACGCACCUACCCCUUUACUUUGCAUGCGAAGACUCGCCGUUGGUGACAGGGAAAAGCAAGACGAUAUACUUUGAAGUUAAGUUGACUGGACUCAGAGCAGGCCCCGGAUUUGGAAACACAGAUACAAGUGGGAUGUCGGUUGGGUUCUUAGCACGCCCGUACCCCACGUGGCGAUCCCCUGGCUGGGAAAGAGGCAGCCUCGGCGUCUUCUCCGACGAUGGAUGUCGCUUUGUCAACGACUCUUGGGGUGGCCGAGAAUUCACUCGCGAAUUUGCCAUAGGCGAGACCAUUGGCCUGGGGAUGACCUUUAGUCCCCCGGACCCUCCAGAAUAUUCCAGUCUACCAGUAGAGAGCACCACCAACAAGCUCAAAACCCAAGUGUUCCUCACUCGAAAUGGUCAGAAAUCAGGUGGUUGGGACCUUUACGAAGAAGUCGACCAGGAGUCCGGCGGUAUCACGGGACUUGAAGGGGACUUUGACCUGUACGGUGCCAUUGGGUUAUUCGGCGGAGUCGACUUUGAAGUCUCGUUUGACGAUGCACGAUGGCUAUGGAAGCCCUAAUAGGCAAGGCCUCGGCCUAGGCACCGUGUUUCACUUCCCUGCCAUUCGCGGAGAUGGGGUUCAUGCCAAGUGCUAUGGAAAAUGUCACGUUGCAAAUCACCGUGUACGGCCGAACGAACUCGCACCGGCGUGCAACGGUUCCUCCCCGAAACCCAAGCCAAUGAAGACAAGCUCUUGGAUGUAUGUUUUGUUUCAGAGUGUACUAGGAGUAGAUGCUAAUGCCAAAUGGGGUAUUCCAG